GGACUGGGGAGAAGCUGGUUCUGUCGGAGCUCCUGCAGCCCAUCCGCCCCAAAUCUGCCCUGAGCAGCGUGAAGAAAGAGCUGGCCCGAGUGAAGCAGAAGGCAGCAGUGGAACUGCCGCUCAGCAAGGAGGAGGCCAAGCGGGUCGUGAGGGAAGCCGCCUACGUCACAACCUCCAAAGAUGUGGGCAGGUGGCAGCAGGUCGUGCUGCAGAACCGGCGCGCUGAGCAGCUGGUGUUCCCGCUCCGGCAGGACGUCGCCACGGCUGUGCCCCUGGAGCAGGCGGCUUCAGCCUGGAAGGCCCGAACUCCCCUGGAGCAGGAGAUCUUUGGGCUGCUCCACAAGACGAAGCAGCCCAUCACAGACCCGCUCCUCACACCGGAGGAGGCAGCCUCGCUGCAGGCGAUGAGCUUGGAGGAGGCCCGGCAGCGGCGGGCAGAGCUGCAGAAGGCUCGGGUCCUGCAGUCCUACUACGAAGCUAAGGCUCGGCGAGAGAAGAAGAUCAAGAGCAAGAAGUACCAUCGUGUGCUGAAGAAAAGCAAGAGGCGCAAGGCCUUAAAGGAGUUUGAGCUGCUGCAGAAGUCAGACCCUGAGGCCGCCUUGGCAAGGCUGGAGGAGCUGGAGCAGCUCAGGAUGCAGGAGCGGAUGAGCCUUAAGCACCAGAACAAGGGAAAGUGGGCCCGCUCCAGGGCCAUUAUAGCCAAAUAUGACCUGGAGGCCCGCAGGGCCAUGCAGGAGCAGCUGGCCAAGAACAAGGAGCUGAUGCAGAAGGUGCAUGUGGAGCUGCCUGAGGAGAAGCCAGAUGAUGUGCCCGAGGAGGACCUCACAUCGGUGACCGUCCCCACCAUCCCCACGGAUGCCAGCAGAGCAAAUCCCUGGCUGUUGGGCAAACCCAGCAGCCCAGCCAAGGAGCCGGAGGCACAAGAGGGUCAGGGAGAUGUGUCGGAGCCUGGUGUUGCAGAGAGCAAGGAGGAGAUGGAGGAGGAGGAGGAGAUGUCAGACGAGGAAGCUUUGCUACAAGACUUUGCGCAGAAGCGGAAUGUGCGGCAGCAGCAGGAAGGGAGCCCUGAGGGACCAGGUGCUGAUGCGACAGAGGCAGUUUCUGAACCUCUGGGGGGCAUCCCUGUCACCCCCAUCUGCGCUGAGGCAGAG